AUGAAGAUCAUCGUUGACGACCGCGACCCCAGUAUCACCUAUACACCAGUGUGGAACACCCAAGGCAACGACGGACUGCCGCGCAGUCGACAACAGGAGUUUGAGGGGACCACGUCGCAGCCAAUCCAGAGUAGUACCAAUAGUGCUUCGUUUGCCUUCACUGGCACACGGAUUACGGUCUUCGCGGCAGUGGCUGGUCUCCCCCAAGGAGACCUUGAAAUCGGUAUUGAUGGCCGUCUACAACGCAUACUCCUACCCAACGUAUCCGACUCCAGUCCUGUCUUCCACAACCCAGCGUUUGACUCAGGUCCCUUGGCUGACGGACAGUACACCCUCGUUAUGCAGGAUGUCACCACUGGACCAAGCGUAUUUUUCUUCGACUACAUGAUAUACGAGACGAAUGCUCGUGGACAAGGGCAAACUGGAUUUGUCGAUGAUGCUGAUCCAAGCGUGUUGUUCUUGGGGUCGUGGAGCCAGAACAACACGCUGGACUUUAUGCAGCACGGAGUCCAUUAUACUGGGCAGGCUGGGAGCUCCUUCACUGUCUCGUAUAACUUUCUGGAUGGCGACAAGCUUGUACUAUUUGGCCCGCUCACGGCUGCCGAUCCCCAGUUUUCCUCCGCGUUACCGCUCUCUGCGUCCGUCUCGAUAGACGGAGCAGGUCCAGUGACGUUAUCGUCGCAAAAUGCACCAUCUUCGGGCCAAACUCUGUUCAACCAGAAAUUAUACACUUCCUCUCCGUUAGCAGCUGGUCAACACACAUUCAACUUCUCGUAUCGAUCUGGCACGCCACUCUGCGUUGACUACUUUCUCAUCGAACCCGGGUCGGGACCGGUGAAAGCCUCCAACUCCAAGAGUGCAUUUCCGGUUUCUAUAACUCAGAGUCCUACCACUGGCUUGACUUGGGGUGUUCCGGGUACGAGUACUGCAAUUCCGUCUCCUUCCUCAGCGACUGGAAAUUACACAUCACAUACCGGAGCAAUUGCCUCAUAA